AUGCCUGGUCAGCGACCGGCAGUGCCACAUCGCUCUCCGAUGUUGCUGAUGCUGCUCAUGUUCUCCUGGCUGCGGUCGGGAGGCGCCCUGUCUCUGACCCAGGAGCACCUCCAGACUUUGCAGGGACCCUCAAACGUGCACUCCAGCCAGGACAUCUCCAGAUUCCGGGAGUUGCGGAAACGCUACGAAGAUCUGCUGACACGGCUUCGAGCGAACCAGACCUGGGAAGACCCGAACCCGGGCCUCAUCCCCCCUCCUCAAGUCCGGAUAGUCACUCCAAAACUGCGACUUGGGCCAGGUGGGCACCUGCACAUGCGCAUCCCCCGGGUCAACUUAACUGAGGGGCUCCCUGCAGCCUCCCGCCUGCAUCGGGCCCUUCUCCGGCUGUCCCCGAAGGCGCGGAGCUCGUGGGACGUGACGCGGCCACUCCGGCGACAGCUGAGACUCGGAGGCUCCCGGGGUCCCGCAAUACGCCUGCAACUGUUAGCAAGCCCGGACCAGUUGCAGGAGGCGUUGCCUUCUGCACCGCCCCAGCUUGAGCUGCACUGGCGGCCAAGCGCCACCAGGGGGCGCCGUCACGCGCAUGCUCACACUCGAGACGGCUGCCCGCUCGGGGAGGGGCGCUGCUGUCAUUUGCAGAGCCUGCGCGCGUCGCUUGAGGACCUGGGCUGGGCCGACUGGGUGCUGGCGCCGCGGGAGCUGGACGUGCGCAUGUGCGUCGGCGCGUGCCCGAGCCACUUCCGGUCCGCUAACACGCACGCGCAGAUGCAGGCGCGCUUGCAUGGCCUGAACCCUGAUGCUGCGCCGGCGCCCUGCUGCGUGCCUGCCAGCUACGAGCCGGUGGUGCUCAUGCACCAAGACAGCGACGGCCGCGUGUCACUCACGCCCUUUGACGACCUCGUGGCCAAGGACUGUCACUGCGUGUGAGCGGCCCUGGUCCUUCAUUUAUGGCAUGGACGCAUUUUGAAAGACUUCAGUUGUCCUUGCCUGUCUGUUGGGCUCCUGGAACCUGAAAUACCCUAUUCAUAACUGUUGCUGUCUGUCCCCUCCCACCCAAAGCUAUGUAUUUAUAUUUCUAUUUAUUAUUAAUUUAUUGGGGUCUUCUGCCUAGGGACUAGAGGGCUGGGGAGGGGUGGUCUGACAGGGUGUGUGUUUAUGAAAAACCCUGGUAAUAAACGUGAAGCUGUCUGAUCAGCCCUCUGUGGUGUCCAGGCUGGAGCCGGUGACCUUGGGAAGAGCCCACCCCCACCCCAGCCCCGUUGGCCUCAGUUCCCCCAGGGGAUCUGAUAUGGGAUGAUUGAAACAGCCCAGGGAAUGGGUGGCAGGACGUUCUUUGGGGAUGCCAGGAAAGGGGGUGAUGCUCAUGAUGUCAAUGGGCUUCCCUGGUGGCUCAGACGGUAAAGAACCUGUCUGCAGUUCAGGAUGGGGCGGGGUUCGAUCCCUGGGUCAGGAAGA